UGCAAACACGCUCAUUGACUCCGCACAGACUAAUUUCCGCACAGACUAAUUUCUCCGUCGUUGGUCAUACAACUAUCGAUCUUGGAUCAGCAAUGGAAUUGGUUACGGCGAUCUCUAUGGAGAAGAAAGCCUGAAACCGAUAUGCCCUACCCAAUGCAUCCACCAGUUUUUAUUUUAUUUUAUUUCUUCGGAUCAGAAAUUCCUCGAUAGAUCUUUCCGUCCAGUCAUUAACGCGCACAUCGAUUUGAAGAAAACGUGAUUUUUUUUUUAUUGCGAAGCUUUCGGUUUCCGAUGAAACCGUCGGCAAUGCUCGUUACCAGGCAAAGUAGAUUCCGGUGAGUUAGGGGCCCUCGAAAAUGAGCCAUCAUCAAGAAAUUCACUCUUCGAGGAACAUUCCAGGUCAUUUGAACCCAUCAACGAGGCUGGAAAAGCUGUUGAGUGAACCUGGAAACAGAGUUUGUGCUGAUUGUGGGUUUCCAAGUCCAAAAUGGGUGUCAUUGAGCUUUGGAGUAUUUAUUUGUAUCAAGUGUUCCGGCAUCCAUAGAAGCCUUGGAGUGCAUAUAUCAAAGUCUCUCGGUGAUACCGGAAGCGAAUCACGUCGUCGAAAAAAAAAUGGAAACUUAGCACGUCGUCGCAAUGAGCGACGAAUCAAACCACCACCGGAGCUAAAAGGCCACCGGAUACAGAACAAAAGAAAAACAGAGUUCUUGACUCUGGCGGUCUUGUCCGUGAAUCUUGAUGAAUGGACGGAUCAUCAGGUUGACUCUGUAAUUGAUGCCGGUGGAAAUGCUGCUGUAAAUAUGAGAUAUGAAGCUUUGUUGCCUGAUAAUAUUAAAAAACCAAAACCUGACGCAUUGAUAGAGGAACGUGCUGAUUUCAUCAGGAGAAAAUAUGAGCUUCAACAAUUUUCAGCUAAACAUCCUACAUCUGCAUCUGCAUCUUCAAUAUCAUCAAGUUUGAGCUCAUCAGCGCAGAGCAAUGUUCCUAAUAACAAUUACUUGAGCUCAUCAGCGCAGAGCAGUGUUCCUAAUAACAAGUACUCUGAAAAGAAACGCAUGAGUAUCCGGUAUGGGCUUAGUCAAGCAUUCAGAAACAGUUGGAGAAAAAAGGAAUCUGAACAGAAACCAGUCAAGAUGAUGAUGGGGAUGGUUGAAUUUGUCGGUUUGAUUAAGGUUAAUAUAAUAAAGGGUACCAAUCUUGCUGUUCGUGAUGUGGUUACUAGUGACCCUUACGUCAUUUUAACUUUGGGCCACCAAACAACAAAAACACGAGUGGUGAAGAGUAAUUUAAACCCAGUAUGGAAUGAACGGGUGAUGUUUUCAAUUCCAGAUCCUAUUCCGCCCCUGAAGCUGCAAGUAUACGAUAAAGAUACCUUCAGCACAGAUGACAAGAUGGGAGAAGCUGAAGUAGAUAUCCAGCCACUUGUUGCAGCAGCCAAAGCAUACGAGAACUCUUCAAUCAUGAAGGCAACGCAGCUUGGAAAAUGGCUGGCUACAGAGGACAAUACCUUGGUCAAGGACAGUAUAAUCUCCCUUGUGGAUGGCACAGUAAAGCAGGAGAUCAUCCUCAAGCUUCAGAAUGUUGAGCGGGGUCAGAUAGAGAUGGAGCUUGAAUGCAUUCCCCUUAGUCAAUAAUGGCUGAAACUUGGAUUUUUAUUCAGUGAACCUUUUCCCUAUUUUUAUUUGUAUUUAUAGGUUAUAGGAAGAACCAAUCAUCCCUCUUAACUAGUAAAGAUUUGGUGAUAAUAAAAAGUUUGUAAAUUAUAUAUUUGAUUUGUACCUCAUAAUGUCUUCCAUUAUAUCUUUACUGUUUGUUUAUUGAUUUAGCUGUGAAA